AAUGUGGUUAACAAGAGGUAAACCGAGUGAUUAGUUGUGUAAAUAUUAUCAUCUUUUUUAACGUCUGCUUAAAGAAAGAAGUUUCUUUCAAAAAUUGUGAUGCCGUUGGCCGCCGUUGGAAAAUGAAAAUGGACAAAGGCGAGAAAGUGAUGAUGCUGGACGCGAUGCCUGAUGAUGGAUCGCAAGCUGACAAAAGAUUCGUAGCCUGCGAAGGGACACUCGAAGAGGGAGACGCCGACUUGAACGAAUUCCUUUCAAAAAGGAUCAAACUAGAAGUGGAGAGCGACUGCGAAAAUGAUUAAAAGUUGCAUCUGGUUCCAGACAUAUCAGACCAGUUCAACAAUGAAUUUAUUUCUGUUAAUGGUGGUGUCUGCUUAGAAGAGACUGAUUUGACAAAAGAUGAAGGGAUGAUUAUGCUGCACAUGGACAUUAGGGAGCCUUUAUCUUCACUGAAGUAUCUUCUAGAGGAGAAGCUAAAAACCGAUCUAACCGAUUACACAUUUGCACUUCAAGAUUCUCAAAUCUUGGAAGGGCAUAAAAACCUAGUCGACCAAUGUGUACAAGGAGAGGGGCUCGUACAGGUAAAUGUAGAGAUUAAAAAUGACUCAAAAGGAAAGCGUAUAAACAUAGCCGAUGUUCUCAAACCCGCAGAAGAAUAUGUCGAAAUCGGCCAAAGGCAUGAGGAAGAACAGGAAGAGGAAGAAGGCGAAGAGGAAAAGGACAACGAGGUCAUGAGGUUCAUUGUCGACCCAAAUUUCAAAAAAGACCAAAUCAAACUUCAAAUCCCUGAGGACCCUAUGAAUUGGGACAAGUCACAUGUACGACACUGGCUGCUUUGGGCCGUCAGGCAGUUCAACUUAACUGGAAUUCAACUCUCUGACUGGGAAAUGACCGGCGCCGAGCUCAACAAACUCACAUCGACACAAUUCCAUGCCAAAGUCCCUAACGACCCUGAAAACCUUUUCUGGACACAUUUUGAACUUUUAAGGAAAUGUAAAAUUGUCGCGGUUAAGCCAACACAGAAGAUUCCAGUGAAAAUAAAACAAGAACAAGAUGACGAUGAAAUGUCAACUCCAAAGAAAGAAGCUUUAGUGAUUGGCAAAAAUGAGAAAGUGAUAAGAAUGAGUAAAACACCAAAACUUUUUUACAAGGACUCUAUUCUUCCUUAUUCAGCUGGAAUGUUCAGCGGCAACCACAACGGUCAAAUACAGCUGUGGCAAUUCCUCCUGGAACUUCUUACAGACAAAUCGCACAGGGAUAUUAUUCAGUGGUUGCAUGUAGAGGGCGAAUUUAAGCUGAUCAACCCCGAUCAUGUUGCUGCCCUUUGGGGCAUUAGAAAAAACAAACCACACAUGAAUUACGAGAAGCUCAGCCGUGCUUUACGUUACUACUAUGACGGUGACAUGAUCUCAAAGGUCCAUGGAAAGAGAUUUGUGUACAAAUUUGUCUGCGAUUUGAAACAGCUAAUCGGCUACAGCGCUUCCGAGCUGAACGCCCUGGUCAUCGAAGCAGAAAUGAAAUCAAGGCAAAAAUCGCUACUCAAUUCCUUUCAAAACAUUUUACCCCCUGAUUAUCUUUCAUUGCUCACAUGAUAUCCUUUAUAUUUUAUAAAAUUAGAAAGCCAAGGUUAUAAACUUUUUUUCAUAUUUUAAUUAUAACAAAGUGUUGAUU